AUGGCCGAGAACGACAGACCAGCAUCGCCUCCCCCAGAGGAGCGCGAACGCCUAGACAAGGAAGCAAAGCAGAAGGAGCAAGAAGAGCAGAGCAAGCUGCCAUACAAAUGGACUCAGACGAUCGGUGAUGUCGACCUGAGCGCAACCAUCCCCGCCAACAUCAAAGGCAAAGAUCUGGAUGUCAAGAUCGCCAAGACGAGCCUCAAGGCUGGCAUCAAAGGCCAAGAGCCCAUUAUAGAUGGGCCCCUCCCCCACCCGAUCCACGUCGACGAAUCCACCUGGACACUCGAAACCACCUCCAGCGGCAAAGAACUCAGCAUCCACCUCGACAAGACCAACAAAAUGGAAUGGUGGGCGCACGUCGUAACCACCGCCCCAAAAAUCGACACCUCCAAAAUCACGCCGGAGAACAGCAAGUUGAGCGACCUGGACGGCGAGACGAGGAGUAUGGUGGAGAAGAUGAUGUACGAUCAGCGGCAGAAGGAGGCCGGGCAGCCGACGAGCGAGGAGCAGAAGAAGAUGGAGCUGUUGAGGAAGUUUCAGGAUCAGCAUCCGGAGAUGGAUUUUUCGAAUGCGAAGAUUAGUUGA